AUGCGCUGCCUGGUGGCGAGAGUCAACCACAAGACUCUGAUAGUCAUCUGUGCAGUCUUCGCCCUGAUUACCGUGCUGCUAUGGAACAAGUGCUCAAGCGACGUGACUUUCCAUACCCCAACCAAGCCCCAACCUGAGCCUGCACCCACCCUGGAGGAAGAGGAGGACAAUGGGCAGCCCCCAGAAGCACCCCCUGUGGCCAGGGAGGUCCCGUAUGAGGAAAUUGAGUGCCUCAUCAAUGAGGAUAUCACCAUCAAAGGGCGCCGGGAGGGCAAUGAGGUGUACCUGCCCUUCAGCUGGGUGGAGAAGUACUUUGACGUGUAUGGACAUCUGGUGCAGUAUGAUGGUACAGAGCGCUUUGAAUUCUCUCACAGCUACUCACGGGUAUAUGCCCAGAGGGAGCCCUAUCAUCCAGAUGGGGUCUUUAUGUCGUUCGAGGCGUACAACGUGGAGGUGAGAGACCGGGUGAAGUGCAUCAGUGGAGUGGAGGGUGUGCCCAUAUCCACACAGUGGGGACCACAAGGCUACUUUUACCCUAUACAGAUAGCUCAGUAUGGACUGAGUCACUACAGUAAGAACCUUACAGAGAAGCCACCUGACAUGAAGGCUUACGGUAUGGAAGAAAGAGGUGGCAGCUCCAACCCUUGGACAGUCCCCAAGGGCUGCUCCCUUUCCAAGGUCCAUUACUCAGGCAACUCAGCCACUGUUCACCAGUUCGACACACCAGACAAUUCUGAGGGUAUAUCCCUGCCUCUGGACAAUUCAAAGGAUUUUGUCCUAUCCUUCAGCUUAAAGUUCACUUCCAACGGUAGCGUGUCAGUGGUUCUGGAGACAACUGAGAAAGGACCCCCAUACGUCAUCCACUAUGUCACUAGCUCCCUCCUCAUUUCCUUUAAGGACAGGCAGGUCACAUAUGGCAUCGGCCCCCGAACAGCCUGGAGUUUGCUGAGUCGAGACUUGGUGACUGACCUGCGUAAGGGAGUUGGUUUGUCCAACACCAAAGUAGUGAAGGCGACUCGGAUCAUGCCUCGACGUGUGGUCCAAUUGGAACUGCACGGCUCAGGCUUCAUCAGCAACAUCAGCAUCUACUCCACAGCUCAUAUGGCUGCCUUCUUUGCUGCGAGUGAUUGGCUUCUCCGCAAUCAGGACGAACGUGGUGGAUGGCCGAUCAAAGUGGCUCGGAAGUUGGGGGAGGGCUUUAAAACCUUGGAACCUGGCUGGUACUCGGCUAUGGCCCAGGGCCAAGCCAUGUCCACUCUGGUGAGGGCUUACCUAGUCACACAUGACCCUGUGUACCUUAGUGCUGCCAUGAGGGCCACAGCACCUUUCAAGCGGACCUCAGAGCAGCACGGCGUAAAGGCCUUGUUCAUGAACAAGCAUGACUGGUAUGAAGAGUACCCAACCACACCCAGCUCUUUCGUGCUCAAUGGCUUCAUCUACUCCCUGAUUGGACUUUUUGAUGUGGCAGAAAUAGCAGGGGACAAAUUUGGCCGAGAGGCAGGGAUACUGUUCAGCCGAGGAUUAGAGUCGCUGAAAGCCAUGCUGCCGCUUUUUGAUACAGGUUCUGGAACUGUGUAUGACCUGAGACAUUUCACACUGGGUGUGGCACCAAAUCUUGCACGCUGGGACUACCAUACUACUCACAUAAACCAGCUGCAGCUGUUGGCUUCCAUAGAUAGUAGUCCCAUUUUCAGAGACUAUGCCAGACGCUGGAAAACCUAUUUGAAAGGUGGUCGUGCCAAGCAUAACUAGAGUUACUCCAAAAAGACUCUCUUUUUUUUUAACUAAAGGAACGUCUUGAACUGUUACAGACCGAAACCAAAUCGGUGCUGUGAUUAAAACAAUGAAGAUGUAUUGAAAAUAAGAAUGUGCCACAUAGAGAUCUGGUCUGAAUGAUCAAUAUUAGACUCAAUUGAGGCAUAUUUUACAGGAUCAGUCUUAACUCUACAAAGCUUGCGAAAAUAUUAAUCCUAUGUUAAGGCUAUUUUACCCCAUUUCACUCCGUUUCCAGCACUGUUGUAAAGGUGACAGCUGAACAUUAACCACAACUUGCAACAAUGAAAUACUUUUUCAAAAGUUAACAUGGUCUAAAUGUCUCCAUAUAUACAUUUUAUAAUUUAAAAUGAAAACAGCCCAAAAGCCACUUGUACCAUCUGCUUUACCAAUGUUUUGACUGUGGUUAAGCUGGCUGCCACUAUCAGUUAAACUAGCCAUAUGUGUAAUUGGAGCAUUCAGCAGUAACAAGGGUAAAGGCAAUGGUAACUAAAAAAGAAGUAAUUUUAAUGUAGCAUUUAAAAAAAAAGAAAGCCUAGCAUAUCUAAUGUAAAUUAGAUUUGUUUUACUAACUUCAGUGUACUCGAUGUGGGGAUUGUGUGGCUGUAUUGUCUAUGAAAAUUCAACUAGUGGAUUGAUACCUGGUUUACAGUCAAUAAUGAUAGUCGAUAAUUGGGCAAAAAACUUUGCUCGACACCCAUAGCCACAGCUAAGAUAUGUCAUCCAGUAGUUUAAGCUUUAAUGUUCCCAUUUCAAGAAACAUUUUUUUUAAUACUUAAAUGAUUGUACCUAGAGCGACAGUUCGGAAGUACGUUUUUUAAGACUUUUAAAAUAGUGGUUCCUUAGAAAAAGUGAUUGUGAUAUUUACAUGCACUUUAAGGGGAGUACAAUAAUUCUUACAUAUUAUGGUUUGGCACAAUGAACAGUGAUAGAAGCAAAUAUUAGGACUGCAGGUAUCUGUACAGCAAUUAUGAACAGCAUAUUGUGGCAUUUCAUGACAAGAAAUGGUGGGCUUAUUCAAGGUCUUGUGGGGUGUGCAAUAGUUUUAAAUGGUGUAACUUACAUUGUAUGUUGUAUUUAUACGUUUUCUGGUAACUGGCUGUUAGUUUGAAAUUUCUUUGCUCAUAUAGUUAUAGAAAUGGAAUUUUAAGGAGUGACAUGUGCCAUACAGCUCACACAACACAGGUUUUGGAUAAAUGUGUAGAAAUUCUGCUUCAUUUGUUUUUAUAUUAUGAGCAGCUUUGAGGUGAAAAUAAAUGUAUUUAGUCAUUAC